AUGGCCUGCUGUUGUAUCGCUUGGUUCUUCUGCCACUCUCCCAUCAUAUUAAUGCAAUCCGAAACGACUCUUACACUCUUGCGUGCUAGCAAUGACACCGACCUUCAGGAGGUAGUUCGCAAGCUCGAGACGAGUAGCGACCUCAUCGUGGCAGGCACUGUCAAGGAAAAAUAUCAGGUCCGCAAGAUUCAUAAGCAGAUCAAGUUGAUCAUCGACAUCCUCGCUUGGUAUAGAAAAUGCCUUGAACCACAGCGCAGCCAUUUGCGCGGAGUUUGUAAGCUGGAGGACCUAAGAACCAAGAUCACUGAAAAUUGA